AUGUGCGGCGAAUCAAGAGUGUGGCUCUAUACUCGCACUUCGACUCGAAGACGUCUGAAGGUGAGUGGCGGCGGUCAAAGCAGCGAAGACGGGCGCUUGCGUGGCCGUUGACGUGCGUACAUACAAGAGACCACCUUGAAGACUCACACUCGUCAGUCGGAUGUUCUGGCUCGCUCUUCAUCGAGCAUCAAGCAUCAAGCAUCAUCGCCAACGCUGAUAUCAUCCCGACAACUCGACGCAAUAUUGCCAAGUUCAUCGAAGACCAAGACACCCAUUCCGCAAGUUCUCAUUCCUACCGACAAGCGGGCAAGAUGUUGUGAGUCCAAUCCUCAUCGUGCGCUGAGCGGUAGCAAAGGAUUCCGCUGACAAGCAGAAUCAAGCAGCUCUCACUUGGCUUGAUCACAUUGCACAGUGA